UCUUAUCGAAUUAAUUAAUUUUAUCAUUAUCAACUUAUCGGGCAUAAAUUGACGUUUACCUAAAUAGGAUAAACGCGCGAAUCUAAUAGGGACAAAGCGGUGAAGGUCCCGGGGAAAGUGACUCAUGUUUACACCGUUUGACAUUAGAUUUUACCUACAUUCUGAACAAAAAAAACUACUUUCAAAGGUUCCCAAGCAUUAAUUUUCAGUACAAAUAUCUUAUUGUGCAGAUUUGAACUGGAACACGUCCAUCCGGGAAAAUGUCUACAGCCGUAGAGCCACCUCCACACUUUGAUAAUAAAGAUGAAGAAAUCAACUACUGGAAGAAUCUUGCCUAUGAUUAUUUGGAACAGUUAAAACAGGCACAGAGGGACUCUGAUGAAUUUAUCAUUGAGUCAAAGCAGCUUGAGAAAGAAUAUGAAGGUACUAUAGAACAAAAUGAGAAAAAAAUUAGGGAGCUCAGUAUUAGCAAUAACCGGACACAGAAUGAAAUUGAUGCAUUAAGGGUUAAACUAGAUAUUUGCUAUAAAGAAAUGAACAACCAAAGAACUGAAAUCGAUGCAUUAAAAGCUGACAAGGAGCAACUACAUAGGAAAAUUAUAGAAGUAGAAAAGAAAAAUGAUGAAUUAGAAGGAUCCAGAAGAAUUAUUGAAGAAAGCAUGGCAGGGUUUGAGCAAGCAUUAAAUUCCGCCUUAGAAAAAAAUGCAAUAUUAGAAAAUGAAGUGGACGAGAAAGAGUGUCUUAAAGAGAAACUGCAGAGGCUCGCUGAUGAAGCUAGAGAUUUAAAACAAGAGCUGCUAGUAAAAGAAAAAGAGAAGGUACCGGAUAAAGAACGUUACAUGAACGGUUUCAAGCCCACCGCAAUUGACAAUCGACUGAAAGAGACAGAAACGCAAACGUCACCGGCAAAACGAGAAUAUCAACCGCCUCUAUCUCCUGCCUCAAGAGUUAUGGCCCUAAAUAUAGUCAGUGACCUAAUAAGGAAAGUUGGAAGUUUAGAACGCCGUUUGGACUAUAGAGAGCUUCAGAGUGCCGAGGGCAGAAAAACCAGACUUUCCUUGAACGGCUCGUCCACACCCAAGGGGAUGUCGAAAUAAGGGCAACUUUGUAAUAAAAAACACACUUAAGCUUAACAAUUACUAGCCUAGGAACGGACUGACUCGGGUAUCGUCGGUUAUAAUCGUGUGAAAAAAAUUAAGUACCCCUUUCCCUCCUUCACCACCAUCUGUUCUUACAGCAACAGUAUUAACGAGUUAUUCAAUGUUAUUCCUAGACUGAGAUUAUUUCAUUGUGAUAUAUUAUUUGAACAAAAAAUAUGAUAUUUAUCGUAUUAUAGGGUGUAGGUUAGGUAGCAGUUUGACCGUUUUUACGAUAAAAUCGUAUAAUAUAAAUUGUCUUGCCAAAGGUCUCAAAUGUGUGGCAAAAUUAAUUUUCAUCAUUACAUGGCUAGCGUGUUACUGGUGGAAAAGGGCCAUGGCGCAUCAUCGACGUUCUGAUAAAUAGAUAACGAAUUUAAUUUUUUAUAUUUUUGUGUAAUAGUACGGUCAAGCUUUGUAUUGAAAAAUUUAUUAAAAAAAAGUGGCCGAAUGAUGAUUUGUCAAUUGAUGAUAUACAGGGUGUUCGAAAAAUAGACGGAGAUAUUUCAAUGGAUGAUUCCUUGCCACUGGACAAAAUUGGUUUAUUAAUUUUUGGUAAAAAAAUUACAGGUGCCUUGGAAAACAAAAAAUCAUUUCUGCAUGGAGGUUUCACAAUGGCAAGUGUCAGUUCUCAUGGAAAAAUAAUUAAUAUUAAUAAAUUAAUAUUAUUAAAAAAUUGUGUCACCCUGUAUCUUGAAAACUGUGCAUUUCCGGACCCAUGUUUAUAGAAACUUUUUCUCAUAUUUUUUUACAAGGAAUCACCCAUUGAAAUAUCUCCGUCUAUUUUUCGAACACUCUGUAGGUGUUACACGUACUAAAUAUGGAGUUUCGUCAUUCUGGGGGUGAUACUUUUUUAUAUCUGUCCACUGAUAUAUAUUCUAUAGUUUUAAAGGACGAAGAAUUAAUUCUUGUAUAAUAAAAUUAUACUUGAGCGACGCGUAUUUUCAAAUGCUUCGACUUUGUUAUUUGGGUCUAUGCAAUAAAUCAAAAAAACUAUUUUUCUAAUCGCUUUCUCCACUUUUUCAUAUCAUAACUUUUGAGAUACAGUGGCCCAGAAAAGUCAUGGUACAAUAGAGAAUUACAAUACAAAUUUUAUUUAUAAUUUUUUUAUGAAAUAAAAAUCAAUUUUUACUUUUAUGUAUUUAUUUUUUCUAAUGCCCUACAUCAUAACAUAAACCUAUUUCCAUAAUAUAUCUAACAUACAAUAAAUAAAAAAAUAAAAUAAAAUUUCUUACAAAAAUUUAAUCCACAAAAGUCAAGGUACAUUUCAGACUAUGGGCUAAUAAAGUUCUGUCAAUAACGCGCGGGAAAACCCUUCAGUUUAAUAACCUCUUUUAAGCGAUUUGGCAUUGAAUGAACUAGUUUUUUCGUCACAUCGUUGGAUAUUUUUGGCCACUCUUCUAAAAUUACCUGUUUUAAGUCUGAUUUAUUAUGAAUCACAUGUUGCCGAAUUUUUCUCCCCAAAACAUCCCAUAAAUGUUCUAUAGGAUUAAGAUCGGGACUUUGGGGAGGAGUUUCCAGCAGAUGGGGAGUAUUAAAAACCAACCACUGACGUACUGUAUAAGCUUUGUGCUUAGGGUCGUUAUCCUGUUGAAAGUAAUAGUUCUCAUGCAACCCUAAUUUUUCAGCACUGGCACGUAAAUUUUCUUUUAAAAUAUUUAAGUAUACUUUUUGAUCCAUUGUUUCGUCGAUAAAAACAAUAUUUCCUACACCUGAAGUUGCCAUGCAACCCCAAACCAUUACUCCACCUCCUCCAUGUUUCACUGUUUUGAUUGUAUUUUUCGGAUUAAGAGCUUCACCGGGUUUCCUCCACACCUUGACACGACCAUCGGACCCAAAAAUGUUAAAUUUACUUUCAUCUGACCAGAUAACUUUAUCCCAGAAAUCAAGUUCAAUAGACUUGUACUUUUCAGCGAAUUCCAGUCUCUUUUUUCUAUUAAUAUCGCUAACAUGGGGCUUCUUACGUGCACUACAGGAUUUGUAUCCACCCUGGUUAAGUUUCCGGCGAACAGUUUCUUCAUGAACAGAUACUCCAAACAUUUCUCUUAACUCUGAUGAUAUUUGUAUGGCACUUUUCUUUGGGUCCUUCUUAAUUUCAUUUAAUAUGUACCGGGAUUCGCGCUCUGACAGCUUCCGAGGACGUCCUGUUCGCGUUUUAUUUUCAAUUCUGUUUUCAUUUUGAAAACGAUUUACUACUUUUUGUAUAGUGGACCUGCUUCUUUUAAUCACUUCUGCAAUUUUGGUGUAUGAUUUUCCCUCUCUAUGCAAAUUAAUAAUAAUUUUCCGCUCACUGACACUUAAUUCGGUUCUUCCCAUGAUUAUCACUGUAUUUACCAGUCAAAGUUAAGAAGAAAUAUUCUAGUGAAUACUGAAAACGAAUGCCAGAAUAGUAUUAGAGGAAUGUUCUUAUUAGCAAAUAACAAAAUAACAAUAAAUUUAAAAGAUACUUGCAUAUUUUGAUUUACACAAAUUAAGAGUACCUUGACUUUUGUGGAUUAAAUUUUUAUAGAAAAUUUUAUUUUAUUUUUUUGUUUAUUGUGUGUUAGAUAUAUUAUGCAAAUAGGUUUAUGUUAUGAUGUUGGGCAUUGGAAAAAAUAAAUACAUAAAAGUAAAAAUUGAUUUUUAUUUCAUAUAAAAAUUAUAAAUAAAAUUUAUAUAUAAAUUGUCUAUUGUACCAUCACUUUUGUGGUCCACUGUAUGAGCCAAGUCAAAUUAACAAAAACAUUUCAUCCAUUUAAAACAUCUUUGCUGGGCCCACUCAUUUUGAGUUAUAUGGAAGUAAAUACUUUUUCAAUUCUAGUUGUUGACCCAAUUCUUCCCUUACCACUCGCACAGCAAAAUGUUAAUGAUAAAAUAUGGUUUUUAAAGCGUAAUUCCUGGUCAAUUACCAUGUCCAAAAACUUAGAUGUUGUAGUUUCUGGCAAUGCAUGACCAUCUAAGAGAAGAUCAUUUACGUGACAUUUAAACCCAAUGAUGUGAGUUUUACUCAGGUUCAGACAAAGACGCUUAGAUGUGAACCAGUCCUUAAUGAUCUUAAGAUCAAUAGCUAUAACUUCAAGAAGCCUUAGAAUUUCUUUCACUUUCCACAAGAUAGAUGUGUCGUCUGCAAAUAGGGUGAAUUCUCCAAAGAUAUUCAGUUUGAUAAGGUCAUUUAUAUAAAUUAGGAACGAGAUUGGCCCAAGAACAGAGCCCUGAGGGCCUCCACAAUUGAUGUUAAGGGCUGAUGAUCUCCCAUUCGAGUGCACAACUGAUUGGCUUCGACCUUCAAGGUGGGAUUUAAACCAUGAGUGUGCCGCUCUACGAAACCCAUAUCUUUCCAGCUUAGACAGUAGAAUUCCGCGUAAUCAAAUGCCUUUGACAGAUCGCAGAAGACCAAAAAAGUAAAGUCUUCCUAGUGAUUAAUAGGGUAACCACACAAAAACUGAUCACAGAAAGUCCAUUCAAAAAAAUACAGACCAUUUUUUACAAUAUACAAAAUAUAUACAUCUAUUGAAACACUUACCUGCUAUUUUUGAAGCAAAAAUGUCACAAAAACUAUAAAAUACACACAAAUAUAUUUGAUAACCUUGAGUGCAUGGAGUGUAUGCACGAUCAAUUCUGUUCCAUAAAUGAGAAUAAACACGAGUUAGACAAUCGAUUGGAAUCGACCAGCGAGAUAAGGUUAUGCAUAGGCAAUACAACAAAUACUGUGGUCAUUAUGUUUUACCUCCAGGAAACUACUAGUGUGAAUAUUAGUAGUGUGGUUUUCACUGAUAACCAGUUGUCCUCAAAGGGUUAAUUAGUUGUAUGGGAACGCCUUAGUAAAUACAUCAGUUAACUCCUGUUAAAUCCUGUAAAACUUAAUAAUAGGAUCUGAAGUAAGACUUAAAUUCUGUCACACAAUCUCUGGAACUUAUUAGGAUUAGCAGUACUAAAUAUUUUACCAGGACUACGCUUGGAUAUUUGCUUUGAACAAAAAUAGUCAAUCAAAGUUCUAGAAUUAUCUGUAAUCCGAGUUGAUUCGUUAACGUACAUAUCUAAUCCAUAUGUAACAAGCAUAUUAGUAAGAAAAUUAUAAUGUUUAAAGAAUCCUUAUCAUUAAAAUUAAUACUAAAAUCGCCCGCCGGCCAAAAUAAUCUUUAAAGAAGAUGAAAUAUUUAAUAAAAUAUAGUCCAGACAAUCAAAAAAUUCUCUUAUUAAGCCUAAAGGAGAACGGUACAAACAAAUAAUAUAUAAUCUAAGCUGCUUGCAAUAGCUUAUCGUGAAUUCGAAUGUCUUUUCUUCCAUCAAAUGAUCAUACUUUUUGAUUUCGACAAAAGGGAUAUCCAUGCUAAAAUACUGUUUUACUAGUGUAAGUGUUUCACCAUGUAAAAACUUUUCUGUGUUUGAAAUGCUUAAAAAUUGGUACUUAGGGAUACAGAAACAUUCGUAAAUAUCAGUGCUAUCCAAAAACACAUAAAUACCAUCGCAUUUACCUCUUAAAGAUUUUGAACGAAAAUUGUAUGAAUUUUUUCUGAUAAGUUAUCGAAUAAAAAGUAUUUUUUCCGGUGAAGUAUGAUUACCUCUAUUUUCGACUUUAACUCCGUGAAGCAAAAUACAGCUUUGUUUUUUUUUUCAGUUUCAAAAAUAACACUUACGGUAUAGUCCACGACCAAUCCCAAUGAUCCCCUAAAAAACCCCACUACUAGGAUGACGAAAAAUAAUCAACUGACAAACAUUUUCUUUUAUUUUUAAGAAGUUUGUGGUUUACAGUUUGACUAUAUUAAAUGUACCGUCAGCAGUUCCUAGCUCGUAGUUGUAAAGUGACACAAACAAUAAAUUAUAACCGAUUCGUUUAAUAUGGUGCAUAAUAUUAAGAGCGAAUAAUAGUGCGGUAAAUCUUUUGCGAUGUUAUUUUUUUAUGUCCGCUAUUGGCCGACAUAAAUUAUAGUAGCAAACCGUCGUCAUAGUUUUAAUUUAUUAGCAGAGAAGGAUACUUACUUUCCUUGACUGGAAUAUUGUAAAAAAACAAACAUAUUUUCGUACUCUAUAGCUUCUAAUGUUUUAGUGAUUAAUAGACACAUUGCAAUAAUUAAGUUUUUUUUUUUUUUUGCUUCCAUUGUCAGCAACCAGAUAUUAUUCGAACGUGUGCCUUAGGAAACACAUUUUUAGCCUCACAACAUCAUUCUCCCGACCCUAACUGACGUAAUUUUUCCUUUUUAGAUUGUUAGUUUAGUAAUAAACGACAUUUAUGAAGAAUUGGACCUUCAAAAUUACCCUGCUGAUACUAACGUUACAAAUUGUUUAUGUAGGUGUAAAUAUUCUCGAAUUGUGUGUGCAAAUUUUAUUGUUUUCACCAGUCGUUUUGCUCUUAGUACAAUAAUUUAAUUGUAUUCCAUUUUUUUUUACUUAGGUUUUAUUAUAGUUUACCAUAUUAAUUUAAUAUUAUACGAUUUCUUACC